GACCACCAUACCCAGACACAUGGAGGAGAAGGAGGAGGAGGUCUGUGACGUCAGAGCAUAUGACCGGAAGCGGAUCAUAUGAUCAACACUGUGCUCCGUUCAGCUGAUCUGAAGACGCUGCUGUAGUUUAUUCACGCUUAAAGACAACCAUGAGGCUUGUGAUUCUUGAUGACUAUGAUCUGGCCAGUGAGUGGGCUGCCAAAUACAUCCGCAACAGAAUUGUCCAUUUCAAGCCAAGUGCAGACAGAUACUUUACUCUGGGUCUGCCCACAGGUAGCACUCCAUUGGGAUGCUAUAAGAAGCUUAUCGAGUAUCACCAGAGUGGAGACCUCUCCUUUAAAUAUGUGAAGACCUUUAACAUGGAUGAGUAUGUAGGUUUGCCUAGAGACCAUCCAGAGAGUUACCAUUCCUACAUGUGGAACAACUUCUUCAAGUACAUCGACAUCGAGCCUCAGAACACCCACAUUUUGGACGGCAAUGCAACUGACUUGCAGGCUGAGUGUGAAGCAUUUGAGCAGAAGAUAACGGCUGCCGGGGGCAUCGAGCUGUUUGUAGGAGGAAUCGGGCCAGACGGCCACAUUGCUUUUAAUGAGCCUGGAUCCAGUCUGGUGUCGAGGACGCGAGUGAAGACUCUGGCUAAGGACACUAUAGUGGCUAAUGCUCGCUUCUUUGGGAAUGACCUGUCUAGAGUCCCCUCUAUGACUCUCACUGUUGGGGUGGGGACAGUAAUGGAUGCCAGAGAGGUAAUGAUCCUGAUCACUGGUGCACACAAAGCCUUUGCCCUCUACAAGGCCAUCGAGGAAGGAGUGAACCACAUGUGGACAGUGUCUGCAUUCCAGCAGCACCCUCGUACCAUCUUUGUGUGCGAUGAGGACGCCACACUUGAGCUCAGGGUCAAGACCGUGAAGUACUUUAGGGGACUAAUGCACGUUCACAACCAGCUGGUGGAGCCGACGCACAGCAUGAAGAACUACAAGGAUUAAGGAUGGGUGAUACCGUGUCUAAAGGAAGCGAAAAGGUUUCACCUGAAAUUUGCACCAGUUUACAGUAGAAGAAAGGGUUUCAGAGACCACAGCAAACUUCAGAGGUCAAAACAGUGGUUGGAAAAUCAGACUGAGAACAACGUGUCCCACUGAUCUGUGUAGAUUAUGUCUUUGCAUCUCAACUGUUGACUUCAAUUAGCAGGUUUGAUCUGCAGUGGUUUUCUUUAGUGGGGUUUGAAGUGGUUUGCACUUUGGAAAACACUCUAAUUAGAGGCAAAUUCUUGUAUGCCAACAUGAAACUGUCGGGUGGCCAGUAUGAUAAAGAAAGACCAUAAAGAUGUGUGAGGGUUUUUUUUUAUGGCUAGUUCUUUUUUUUUUUUUUUAAAGGAAAUCAGAUUAGGCACAGUUUAAUUGUUGUUAAUACUUAUAGCAUACUUCACUCCGAAAACUCUGUUUUCUAUUUCUUUAUUUUAUUUUUUUUUAUCAACACAUGCUUUUUGCUUUGUCAUUAGAAGUGACUGGGACGGACAUGUUACCUUUAAAGCAGUGAGGUCAUUAUAUUUGUUGUUGUAACAUGCAUGUUACACUUGUUAUGUCUAAGGGUGAUUUUACACUCAAGGUUGAUGGUUUUUGUUACACUGUUUUUGGUAGAUUUGGUUUGGUUCAUUUUAGAUUAAUGCUGGUUUGCAGAAUAUAGUUAGUUCAGUGAGUUUUGUCAAAUUUUGCCUCUUUGCCAGAAUUCGACUCCCUGCUAUGCAUCUGCCUCAGACAACCCUCAAAUUGCUUGUAAGGAAUAAUCUACAAAUAUUGUCAGUGUAAUUUCUCUUGCACACAUACUUCUGUGUAAGGAGGGUGCGUGUGAAAGGCAGUCAGAUUUCAGCAGUACACCAGUUUUUUUUCUUCUUCUAUAGUUUAUUGGGUAAUGAUAGCCUGCCUCAGCUUAUUAUUAUCAGCUUGUUAUUGCUCUGAAACUCCGAACCAUUUUAAAACAACUAACCGGACUAUGGUACAGUUGGUCUGGACUGAGACUACCUUUUUUUUGUCAUUCAAAAUUGUAGUCCUUUGGUCUGGACCCUGGUUUAAGGCACGUUUUACACCAAACCUAAACCUAAAGUCUUAAGGUCUGGACCAAACCAGGUAAAGGUUGUGAAAGUACUGUUAUGGUAAAGUUUAGAUUUUGCCUUUUAUUGAUCUUGGGUUACAUGAGGUACUGUAUUCUUUUGACUCCAGUGUUCUUUGGAAGUUCAACCUUCUCCACUCUAAAACACUCAUACACUCAAUAACCUAAAACUAAAACACUCUUUAUUGGCAUUCAUUGCUUACUGUAGCACAUCUUGUUCAAUGUGAAUGUUAUCACUCUUAUUUACUUUAUUCACAUUUAUAUUAUUUUAUUGUGCUCAUGAUUAAUGUUCACAGAGUUACAGAAGAAUAGUGUUUGUUUCAACAGAAAAAGAAAAUAGAUUUGUCCUAAGCUCUUUAGUGAUGGCAGUAGUGAACCUUUUAUAGUGGUAACUGCUACCCUCAGGGACCACUGUGUUCCAGGGCUGAUAUAAAAAAAGCCCUUGAGGUCAAGUUUGGAUGACUUAUAUCCUUCUUUAUUUGGGACCAGCAGCAACUGCUUGAUUUUAUUUUUUGUUAGUUUGAUUUCUUUACAUUUCUAAAAUGUCUUUUCUGAAUGUACCUUACAUUAAAUACAUUAAUCAGGUUAUUACACUCUGGGACUUUCCUGGAAUCAGUAGAAAUGUCUGUUACAUGAUGAUUGAAGCUGAAUGGUUUUGGUAUUAUAUUUUAAAUGUUAGUGCCAUUUGCAAAACAGAACUAAGCAUCUUUAGCACAAGCAUGUUCUGCGUACUCCCUCUUUAUAUACACUUUAAAUAUAUACUUUACAUAUAUUGGCCUUUACUACUCCUGUGUUGAUUGCUGUUCCUCUGUUAGGAGAACACUGUAACCAUUUUACUUAUUUUUUUUAUUUGUUUAAUCUUGUUAAAAUGCAAUCAUUUCUUGUGUACAUUUCUGGGCUUCAGUAUUUGAAUUAUGAAUUAUGCGGUGCAUGUGAACAUAAUAAGAGGGACCAUGUGAUUGUUUGUUUUCAUUUUGUUUAUUAAAAAAAAAAAAUCCAUUCAGCUCAGUACCUGAAACAGUUAUCAGAUUUGAACUUCUGCCAAAUCUGCCUUUCAUAUCCUGUUUUACACAGCUGUAGACAUGAUGAUAAAUAAAUAAAGCCUUUUUUGGGAUAAGAUUUAUU